CGCGCGUAAAGUUGUGUUGACAGGAGCGGUCGGAGUUGUCAGCGGAACAGCAGCAGCCAGCAUCAUCGGAGCCGAAUGGAGUGAUCACAAAGAUAUUAUACCAGACAGCGUCUUAUUCAGAAGCAUUGUUUACACCUUUCAAACAGCGACGCCAUGGCAGACGACCAGUCCUCUCAAUCCUGGUCAAUCGAUAGGGAUGACUACGAACUCAAUGAGGUGAUAGGGAGCGGAGCCACUGCAGUUGUCCAGGCAGCGUACUGCAAGCCAAGAAAAGAGAAGGUGGCCAUCAAACGUAUCAACCUGGAAAAGUGUCAGACCAGCAUGGAUGAGCUCCUGAAAGAGAUCCAGGCUAUGAGCCAAUGCCACCAUCCAAACAUUGUGUCUUACUACACUUCCUUUGUGGUGAAGGAUGAACUGUGGCUGGUGAUGAAGCUGCUCAGUGGUGGCUCCGUGUUGGACAUCAUCAAACAUAUCAUCUCUCGUGGCGAGCACAAGACUGGCGUGUUGGAUGAGGCCAGUAUCGCCACCAUCCUUAGAGAAGUCUUGGAGGGGCUGGAGUACCUUCACAAAAACGGACAGAUUCAUCGGGAUCUGAAGGCUGGAAAUAUUCUUCUUGGGGACGAUGGUUCUGUGCAAAUUGCUGACUUCGGUGUGAGUGCCUUUCUAGCAGCAGGAGGAGACAUGACUAGGAACAAGGUUCGGAAGACGUUUGUGGGGACGCCGUGCUGGAUGGCCCCGGAGGUCAUGGAGCAGGUCCGCGGGUAUGACUUCAAAGCAGACAUCUGGAGUUUUGGGAUAACAGCCAUUGAACUUGCCACGGGGGCAGCACCAUAUCACAAAUACCCACCGAUGAAGGUGCUGAUGUUGACUUUGCAGAAUGACCCUCCCUGUCUGGAGACAGGCAUCACAGAUAAGGAAAUGGUGAAGAAGUACGGCAAGUCCUUCAGGAAGAUGCUCUCUCUGUGUUUACAGAAAGAUCCGGAAAAAAGGCCAACUGCUGCUGAGUUGCUGAAGCACAAAUUCUUCACAAAAGCCAAGAACAACGAGUACUUACAGGAGAGGCUUCUACAGAAAGGUCCAACAAUAACAGAGCGAUCAAAAAAGGUGCGUCGUGUGCCCGGCUCCAGUGGCCGUCUCCACAAGACGGAGGACGGCGGUUGGGAGUGGAGCGAUGACGAGCUGGACGAGGAGAGUGAGGAGGGCAAAGCUGCUGUGGCAGCUCUGCGGUCACCCAGGGUGAAGGACGGGUCCCAGAAUAUGGAGCUUUUCCCACCAGCAGACGGUUCCACAGGACAUCUGCAAGCACCUGGAGCAGCACACGAGGGCCCCGCGAGCGUGGGCCAGACGGGAGAGGAGGCUCCACCACAGGCUCCUGCUCACGCAGCGAGCCCCUCCCAUGCACCCACUGCUCAGGAUCCGGCUGCAGCCAAUGCUAGUGUUCCCAUCAGCCUCGUCCUGAGACUGAGGAAUCCCAAGAAGGAACUCAAUGACAUCCGAUUUGAGUUCAUGCAAGGCAGAGACUCAGCUGACGGAGUUUCUCAGGAGUUGGUUUCAGCCGGGCUGGUGGACGGGAGGGACUUAGUCAUUGUUGCUGCCAAUUUGCAAAAGAUUGUUGAUGAUCCUCACAGUAACAAAAACUUGACCUUUAAACUGGCAUCUGGUGUGGAGGAGUCUGAAAUCCCCGAUGACGUUAAACUCGUUGGAUUUGCUCAGCUCAGCAUCAGUUAAGUCAAGCAGAGCCGGAAACAAAGGACAGAAACUAAUGGUAUUGCACAGCUGCAUUGUAGUCAAUUCCAAGAAACCACUACUGCCAAAGAGAGGAGGGAGAAGAUGAUGAUGAUGGUGAUGAUGGUGAUGAUGAGACAUGAAGCUGGCAGGAGUGUGACACUACUGCAGGAUGCAUGAGGACCACAUUGAGAGGAGGCUCAGUUCAUCACAGGAAUCACACUUGAAACGUUUACAGUGCGCUUAUACAGUAAAUGGGAGAACAGAUGCAAUCAACUAUAUGAACUCCUAAUUUCUUUUUCUUUGUUUUUCUUCCUCUUCAUACAUAAGCACAAUCCAAACCAUCUCCUGCCAGUACUGGAAGUGAUUGCCUUUUUUUUCUCCUUUUUAAAAAAAAAAAAAAAAAAAUCAUCUGUGCCACAAAACUCACAAGAGAGUCGUGCCACCUUUACAUGGCACUUUAUGCUACACUAAAAUUGAAAUGUAUAAAUUCAGCCUUAGUUCAUCAAAAUAUAGAUUUUACCAGUGUGAUUGGUGAAAAAUUAAGAUUGUGUGAUUAUUUGGCGUAUUCUUUGUACGCCUAUCUAUAAAAAUCUACGAAAAAUAAAAUCCCCCUCAACACUGAUACAAAUAUCUUAUAAAUUCACUGCAGCGUAGUUUAGUGUUUAAUGACCAGAUAACUAUAAGGCAGCCUAACGCAGUGCGAUGAAUUCUCACCUCCACAGUAUCAGUGUGCAGUGGUUUUGUUAAAGCAUAACCAGUGUUUAAGCCCUGACCGCACUGCUGAAAUUAUUCAACGAAACAUGAAUCAGCUGUAACGGCUCUGUCUCCUCGCUGUAGUUACAAUAUCUGGCCAGAUGGCGUUUCCCUGAGGUAUUAAUGACACACAGAUUGAGACGUUCCU